CUACGCACUGUUCUUCCGGGUUGAAGGUGCAAACCCCGGUUGGGUUCGGAGCCUCCUGAGUUCCAUCGCCGGGUCCCCUCCCGGGCAGGCUCUUUCCUUCCAAGCAAAGUGCAUUGGAGGGGAUCCAACAUGGCAAGCAUACUGAAAACAGUGGUGACGAGCUACUCAAAUCCUCUACUCAUUAAUUUGGGAUCAUUUAAGGUGCUACCUGGGAAGACAGAAGUUUUACGAACCUUUCACACCCAUCAGACGCUAUGGUGUAAAGCACCUGUUAAACCAGGAAUUCCAUAUAAACAAUUGACUGUGGGGGUCCCCAAGGAAAUUUUCCAAAAUGAGAAGAGGGUAGCUUUGUCACCAGCUGGUGUUCAGGCCUUGGUUAAACAAGGUUUUAAUGUGGUGGUGGAAUCGGGUGCAGGUGAAGCCUCCAAGUUUUCUGAUGAUCACUACAGAGCUGCAGGAGCUGUAAUCCAAGGGACACAGGAAGUAUUAGCAUCUGAUUUGGUUGUCAAAGUUAGAGCUCCCAUGCUAAACCCUGUAUUAGGCACCCAUGAGGCUGAUCUUUUAAAGAAAUCUGGUACCCUGAUUAGUUUUAUCUACCCAGCUCAAAAUCCGGACUUGCUGAGCAAACUUUCCGAAAGAAAGACUACAGUGCUGGCAAUGGACCAGGUUCCAAGAGUCACCAUUGCUCAGGGAUAUGAUGCUCUAAGCUCAAUGGCCAACAUUGCUGGUUACAAGGCAGUUGUACUAGCAGCAAAUCAUUUUGGACGUUUUUUCACUGGCCAGAUCACAGCAGCCGGAAAAGUUCCUCCAGCUAAGAUUCUUAUCAUUGGUGGUGGAGUUGCUGGUCUUGCUUCUGCUGGAGCAGCUAAGGCUAUGGGUGCAAUUGUUCGAGGGUUUGAUACGAGAGCUGCAGCUUUGGAGCAGUUUAAGUCUCUUGGGGCAGAGCCUUUGGAAGUUGACUUGAAAGAAUCAGGAGAGGGACAAGGAGGAUACGCCAAAGAAAUGUCCAAAGAAUUCAUUGAGGCAGAAAUGAAACUCUUUGCCCAGCAGUGUAAAGAAGUUGAUAUUCUCAUCAGCACAGCCCUUAUUCCAGGUAAAAAAGCCCCGAUUUUGUUUACAAAAGACAUGAUUGAAUCAAUGAAGGAAGGCUCAGUUGUUGUGGAUUUAGCAGCUGAAGCAGGUGGAAACUUUGCAACUACUAAGCCAGGAGAACUUUAUGUCCAUAAGGGAGUUACUCACAUAGGCUACACAGACCUUCCUAGCCGAAUGGCUACCCAGGCCAGUACGCUGUAUUCAAACAAUAUUAUCAAACUUCUAAAGGCAAUCAGCCCUGACAAAGAUAAUUUCCAUUUUGAUGUGAAAGAUGACUUUGACUUUGGCACAAUGGGCCAUGUUAUUAGGGGGACCGUGGUAAUGAAGGAUGGCAAGAUAAUUUUCCCAGCACCAACACCAAAAAAUAUUCCUCAGGGAGCCCCUGUAAAGCCAAAGACAGUAGCUGAGCUAGAAGCUGAGAAAGCAGCUGCUCUUAGCCCAUUCCGCAAGACCAUGACCACAGCAUCUGCAUAUACAGCAGGUCUAACUGGUAUACUUGGUUUGGGGAUUGCAGCUCCCAAUUUAGCCUUCUCUCAGAUGGUGACAACUUUUGGAUUAGCUGGCAUUGUGGGCUACCACACAGUUUGGGGUGUAACUCCUGCGCUCCACUCACCUCUGAUGUCUGUAACUAAUGCUAUCUCAGGUUUGACCGCUGUUGGAGGGUUGGCACUCAUGGGAGGACACAUGUAUCCUUCCAACACACCUCAGGGUCUUGCUGCACUUGCUGCUUUCAUAUCCUCUGUCAACAUUGCAGGUGGUUUCCUGGUGACCCAGAGGAUGUUGGACAUGUUCAAACGUCCGACUGAUCCCCCUGAAUACAAUUACUUGUAUCUGCUCCCAGCUGGUACCUUUGUUGGGGGUUAUUUAGCUUCACUCUAUGGUGGCUACAGCAUUGAACAGAUGAUGUAUCUGGGCUCAGGUCUAUGUUGUGUUGGCGCCCUGGCGGGUCUUUCCACACAAGGAACUGCUCGUCUUGGAAAUGCCUUGGGCAUGAUUGGUGUUGCUGGAGGUUUGGCAGCCACUCUGGGAAGUCUUAAUCCGAAUCCAGAAUUGUUAGCUCAGAUGUCUGGAGCAAUGACUCUGGGCGGCACCAUUGGUUUGACGAUUGCGAAGCGUAUCCAGAUUUCUGAUUUACCUCAGUUAGUUGCUGCUUUUCACAGUUUGGUAGGUUUGGCAGCUGUGUUUACUUGUAUAGCAGAAUACAUGGUCGAGUAUCCACAUUUUGCAGUGGAUCCAGCAGCAAACCUCACCAAGAUUGUGGCUUAUCUAGGUACUUAUAUUGGUGGUGUGACUUUUAGCGGUUCCCUCAUUGCCUAUGGAAAAUUGCAGGGAAUACUGAAAUCUGCCCCUCUCCUCCUACCUGGAAGGCAUUUACUCAAUCUAGGCUUGUUGACUGCUAGUGCAGGUGGAAUAAUUCCAUACAUGCUUGAUCCGAGCUACACGAUGGGAAUUACCUGUCUGGGUUCUGUGUCUGCCCUCUCAGCUAUCAUGGGUGUGACUUUAACGGCUGCUAUUGGUGGUGCUGACAUGCCUGUAGUCAUCACUGUGUUGAACAGCUACUCAGGAUGGGCUCUGUGUGCUGAAGGUUUCCUUCUUAACAACAACUUGCUCACUAUUGUGGGUGCUCUGAUUGGCUCCUCUGGUGCUAUCCUCUCCUACAUCAUGUGUGUGGCCAUGAAUCGUUCCCUGGCUAAUGUGAUCCUUGGAGGCUAUGGCACUACUUCGACAGCUGGUGGGAAACCUAUGGAAAUUUCUGGCACACAUACUGAAAUUAAUCUGGAUAAUGCUAUUGACAUGAUAAAAGAAGCCAAUAGCAUCAUCAUUACUCCAGGCUAUGGUUUGUGUGCGGCCAAAGCCCAGUACCCUAUAGCUGAUUUGGUAAAGAUGCUUACUGAACAAGGCAAGACAGUCAGGUUUGGAAUCCAUCCAGUUGCAGGCCGAAUGCCUGGUCAGCUGAAUGUACUUUUAGCUGAAGCCGGGGUCCCGUAUGAUAUUGUAUUAGAAAUGGAUGAGAUCAAUCAUGAUUUCCCAGAUACUGAUUUAGUCCUUGUAAUUGGUGCAAAUGACACUGUUAAUUCAGCAGCUCAAGAAGAUCCCAACUCUAUUAUAGCUGGGAUGCCAGUUUUAGAAGUCUGGAAAUCAAAACAGGUAAUUGUUAUGAAGAGGUCUCUGGGAGUUGGCUAUGCUGCAGUGGACAACCCAAUAUUCUACAAACCCAACACUUCAAUGCUUUUAGGGGAUGCCAAGAAGACCUGUGAUGCUCUACAGGCAAAAAUUAGGGAAUCCUACCAGAAGUAGAUAUCAGUAGCCAUUGUCUAAAAUAGCUCCUUCAACUAUAUGAACAGAAGAAUAUCUGUAAGGUAUAAAUCAUGUCUUUGAGAAAGACAAAACUCUGAAAAAUACAAAUGAAAAGGACACAUACCAUCCAAAUAUAGUGAAUUGUCAUAGUUUUUAAAAGAAGCAUCAAAGAUGCUAUAUCUUUCUGUGCAUAUAUUUGAUAUGAUGAGUCAGAAGCAUUUUAUAAAAAGAGACUAUCAUCAUUUUAGGUGAAAUCCAGUUGAAAAAUUUCUCCUCCCUUCACUUUUAGUAGCCAACAGUUUUUCAAGAACCAAAAAUAUGGUGUUUUAGGAACCUUCUAAGUGCUUUAGACUAAAAACAGGUCACGAUGUAAACAUUGUAUGCAUCUGUAUUAUUCCAAAAUUUUUGUUAAUCAAAUGAAUAUAAUUUAAAGCUUUAUCUAUUCUUAAGUUGUCCCCUGGAUGUUUAAUCUUGUUUCAAAUUAACACCAUUAUUCUCUUCAUUUUUUUCAGUCUGUUGUUUCAAACCCUGAGUUUUGGGGUUAUUUUGUAUAAUGUACUCUUAAUGGCUUAGUUCACCUCUUUAAAAUUCUGGAAAACAUUAAUGUUAUUAGCUUUUGUAUGUUUCACUGGAACCUAUAUGUGUUGAGCUAUGAUGAAAUAUACCAAUUUGAAAUCUGUUUUGCUUUUAAAAUCUAACUCCCUUUAUAAUAUUAUAAGAACUCUUUGAGUUCAUAUGGUAGGUUUAGUUGAGUACUCAAUUUAUGUUGUGUAGGGCUGUUUUAUUUUUAUUAAGUGCACUUGAGUGGAAUUCAAAUAUUUGACUAAUAAAAUAAAUUUAUCAUGUUUGCAUAAUGAUGUAGCAACUGUUUCUGGUGACAAAGGCUAAAUACAGAUAGUUUUACUUGUGUUAGAAAGCAUUAACAUCUGGGGAAGACAUGUUACUAUGAAGUAAAUGAGAUUAAUCCAUCUUAACUGUUUAUAAAAAUGAUUUUUCAAAUUAUUGUGUUGGGUUCUUGUGUGAUUGAUGACAUUUGAAAAAAAUACAAGCACUUUUUUCACUACCUCUGUAUUUAUGCAAAUAUCAGUAAAAAGAAACUGACCAUACCUUUUUGAAGCAGAAAAAUAGAUUCUUGAUUGAUCUUGUCUGCUGUGCCAAAAGCUUCAUAUAUUCUUGAUGUGUGGCAAAAGUGUGACAAAUACUAAAGACAUUUGUAUAAAUUUGGUAUUAAUUGCUAUCUGCAGAAUUCAGCUAUCUUCUUCAGUUAACAAUAUAGUCUAUAAAAUCAUGCUGAAACAAGCCAAAAAUAUUUAUUUUUUUGUCAUGCUUCACUUUGAAGGAUUUAUUCAUUAGGUAAACAACUUAUGUUUCUGUGUGCCUCAUUAGGCUCAGUGUUUUCUAGGAAUAGGAACGUAACCUUUCCUUUGUAUUUUAAGUAACAAAUGCAGUAGGCUAAUGGAUCACAACUCAUUUUUAACUUCAGGACUAUAUUUUAUCAUGAAAGAUUUAUUUGAAAGAGUGAACAGUAUUUCCUUCCUGAGACUAUUUCAGUAUGGCAGGGAGGUAUAAAUGGGAAGGGAGACACAUUUAUGCUUUGGAGAUAGCUGCUACAGUCAGGUUAAGCUGAAAGCAGCUGGAUUAUACCUGAAUUAUUAUAAUUAUCAUUGCCGUUUGUAGUAGUUGUUUAACAAAUCUCAGUGAAAUUUCCAAUUACACUUUUGCUACUUGAAAUUACACUUUUGCUACUUGGCAAGCCUUUGUUGUACAGUCCUGUUAAGUGAAAUGAAAAUUAAACUAAAGGUGAUUUUUAUCUGAUAGAUUUAUUUUUGAGCAUAUUGCUUCUCUUAUUAGUAUCCCCACAGUGGUGGUCUUAAGUUAUGAAUUACAAUAAAAUUUUUAAAUUCCCUAAUCAUUUUGUUUCCCCACAAGAAUAUCGACAUUAGUGGAUAUUCUUUUUCACCCUCUAUAUUGUCUUAAAUUUUGUAGUAGUGAAGCACUUGUGUGCCUGUACUGUUCACCAUAUAUUUUUGCUUCUUGAUCACUCAUGGUGCAUAUCUUCCUCCCUUUCUCCCCUCUCUCACUUCGUAUUCUGACAUUGAAAAAAGAAUGACUUAGUGUUUUAUAUCCUGCUAUAGUUCAGUAAGCAACCUAGGAUACAUGCUGACAUUUAUGUAGUCUUUAGCUUCUAGUAUCCACGCAUCCUUUGUGUUUUUCUUUUCUGCUGGAGUGGACUGUUUUGAAAUCAAUCACCUUGCCAAACAGGCCUCCAAAUGGUUUAAUAAAUGAUGCCUAAAAUGUU